GUGUGAGUGUAUUGUAUUUCCAGUGCGGCACGCCCAGGGGGCAAGGCCAGACCUGAAAAACCAGCCGCCUCCUUCUCUCGGAUUCGUGAAACUACAGUACGCCACAUACACCUGUCAGCCAGCCCUUGCUGGACUAUGCCCUGCUCUGUGGACUGAGGAACUGUGUUUCUCCUACAAACAGGUGUGAUUGUACAGCACACCGGUGAAGAUGCAAGCCUCCACAGCUUCUCCUGUCACCAAUCUUACCACGGCCACGACCAUAUCGAGAGAACAAAUCCUCAUCCAGAGUUCAGGCGCCAUGAUCGCAGUAAUCGUCAUCGGUAUCAUAAUCAUUCUCAGCAUACUACUCAUCAUACUGAAGACAUAUAACAAGAAAAUGCAAACAAAGAGAAUACUCAGUGGGACUUCCAGCAAACCGCGAAAAAAUACAACCUCAACAACAACAACAACAACGCUGCAGAUGGCAAACCUACGAGGAGGUUCCAACAUGGGAGGUUUUGCACACUUACCCAACACUUUGGAGAACGGGUUCCGGUUACCACGAGCCGAGCUGGCGAAUGCUGCCGAACAGAUCAGCAUGAACAGUGGCUCCACUGUGGUCACAAUACACGAAAUGCCAUCGAACGGAAAUACGUAAAUAAUGCAGUUUGCGAUAUAAAAUAGGCUCCAUUGUGCGGUGUGAUGAGAGAACACACCCCGAGAAUCAAUAAAAUGAUGAAAGGAUGAUAACCAGGACUUUGGGAAAAUAAAACAGAGACCCAACGUUGAACUAUUGGCAUGUUGAGACCAGCAUAAACACCUCUGAAGGCCGAACGUAAGCAAUGGAUCACUGGGGACAUUUUAGGACCCAUAAAAUGACAGACUGAGGUUGAAUGGACUACAAGGAACUUUCACUAAGCACGGGAAAAAAAACCACGGAAAACCAUUCCAGUGUUCUGUUACCACGUUGAAGGACUUUUGGCUAUUUCACUCAAUCCUAAUGUGAGGUCCCUGCAAAUGGAAACUACCCAUGUUUAAUAGUAGGGACCUCACAAAAUGUCGACUGAGUAAAUAAUACAGUGUGCAUAUCGUGUAUGAAUAAGUUUCCUUUAAGUCCAUGUGGAAAGACAGUGUAUCGAACACAGAGUGAAAUCUGUAAGGUGUAGCUACUGAAAAUAGCACUAGCCAUAGCUAAUGUUUCCCUUUAUUUAAAAUAAAGAACAACACAAAAUA